AAUCUGCCCAACCUGCCUAAGAAUUUGCACAAAACACUAUGCCAACAAUUUGGCACAGGUAGCAAGAAACAUACAUGUGAGAUCGACUGCAGAUCCUUCAGUCUAACAGCAGUGAAGACUAAGGAGGAACUUCCUCAGCCCAAUGACCAGCCCUACAUCGAUCUCUGCAAAGAGCGCAACGUUGAUGACUGUUGGUUCUUCUUCACCUACGCUACCAAGAACGAUGACAACAUUGAUGUCCUUGUGGCUGAAAAAAAAGAGUGUCCCUCUGGCCCUGACAUCAUCCCCAUCGUAGCGGGUGUGGUCGCAGGAAUCGUUCUGAUUGGUUUAGCACUUCUGCUCAUCUGGAAGCUGCUCAUGAUUAUUCAUGACCUCAGAGAGUUCGCCAAGUUCGAGAAAGAGAAGAUGAAUGCCAGAUGGGACACAGGUGACAACCCCAUCUACAAGAGUGCUGUGACAACUGUGGUGAACCCCAAAUAUGAGGGAAAUUGAUGGAUCUUCAGGAUGGCUUGCAGCAGUGGUUCUCAGAUGGUCUUUGCUUCAUCGCCCAGAUUUUACAUUGGUGACCUAAUAUAGUAUCAUAAACUGUAUUUAAAGUAAUCUGGAACCGAUUUUGAAUUUGGACCAAAAUACCCACUCAUACCCACUUGUCAACAACAGUUUUAUCCUCCCUUUUAAAUUUUGGGUCCCAACCUCCCAGUUGAGAACUGAUUUGUAAGCUAGUUUCCUAUUGCUUGAUUAUAUUUCUCUAUUUUGUAAUGUUUAUAUGUAAAUAUUAAACUCCUCAUUUCCCGUGAGAUUAUGGUUUUCCAGAGCACAAGAAGUCACAACAAGAUUCACCAAUGAUUAUUAUUUUUGAAAACGUUCUAUAAAGCCAAUAAAACAGU